CGAUACACAUCGUUCAUACAAAAAAAAUCGUUGAAUGAAAAUCGAUCAUAAUGCUUUGCUCUCUAACGUUAAGUUCUAAAUUGAGAUUGGUUGAUUAGUAAUUAAUCUGCGUUUAGAACAGUUUAGAACGUCAAUACAUUAAAUUACAUAACUGUGCACAAAACAUCAUCAGUUUAAUCAAUUAUGUGCAAUAGCUAUAUGUGCCAUCCGAUUUUUAUGACCAGUCAGAAUUUUGGCGCUGUCAUUGUUUAGAUUCUAUACUUGUGAUAAAAUUUAUGUGCUUUAUAUAUUAUUUUAACAAAUAACCUAAAAUUAUCUUAUAUAUACCAUUAAACAUACAUGACGUACGUACUUCAAUAAUUAAUAUUAUUGAGAAACAUAUAAUUAUGCGAAAUAUAAAGAGAUUAUAUCAAAGAAUGUUAAGAAAACAUCCUAUGGGUACACAAGCAGUACAAGCCGGAAUAUUAAUGGGACUCGGUGAUCAAAUUGCACAAAAUUUCAUAGAUAAUUCGAAAACUAUUGAUUUUGUACGUACAAUGCAAUUUACAGGAAUCGGCUUGUUCAUUAGUGGUCCAGCAACAACAACAUGGUAUAGGAUUUUAGAUAAAUACAUAGGUUCUAAAGGUCAUUCAGUUGCAAUUAAAAAGGUUGCUUGUGACCAAUUGUUCUUUGCACCUACAUUCUUAGCAGUUUUACUUGUCACUAUUGGCAUUUGCCAAGGAAAAGAUAUUGAAAGACUAAAAAUAAAGAUGACAAAUGAAUAUAGUGACAUUUUAAGGAAUAAUUACAAGGUGUGGCCUAUGGUACAACUUGUAAACUUUUCUCUGGUACCUUUACAUUAUCAAACUUUAGUUGUACAGUCAGUUGCAUUACUGUGGAAUACCUAUGUUUCAUACAGAACAAGUUUGGAUAAACAUAAUUAAUUAAUAAAAAACUAUAAUUUUUUUUAUCUCUUAUAAGAGAUAAAUUAUAUAAAGAAACAGGUAUUAUGAUCAUUCCGACAUCUACAAGAGGUUAUUAUUCCAUUUCGUAAUAUUAGUAGCAUAUACUUAUUAUAAUAUACUCCUGCUUCCUUAAGAUUCCUGUUGAAUUAAUUAUUCCUCAAAAGUGAGAAACCGUGAUUUUUUUCUUAUAUUGUAUGUUCUCAUACUAUACUGUAAAAUAAAUUAAUAUUUUUUCUAAUUAUCGCUUAUAUUUAAUAAUUAGUAAAAUAUACCGAAAAGUUUUCAUUA